AAUAAAGUGUGGCAGCACUGAAGUAAAGCAGAUGUUCUCUGCAGUUGGCAACGCAGCAAAAGUUUUGUUUACAACGAAAACGUUUAAAAUUAUUCCGGAAAAGAUUUAAAUAUAGAAUUAUAAAUAAUGUCGUUAGCGGACGAACUACUUGCAGAUUUAGAAGAGGACAAUGACAAUGACAUUGAUGAUGCCGAGAUGGCAGAUGCCGACGAUGUCGAGCAGGCAACGCUCAACCACGAACUUGCAGAAAAGUUCCUGAAGCCGGCGCCAAAUCUAAUGGAAGUGGACGUCACGGUUCAAUCUGUGCGAGAACUGUGCAAGCUGCGUGACUCUGACCGUUUGCAAAACACUCUCAAGCAAAUCGAGCAUUAUGCGAGUCGGCAGCGCAGCGCCGCCGAAAUGUUGGGCAGCGUGGAAUCAGAUCCAGAAUAUUGCCUGAUUGUGGAUGCAAAUGCGAUUGCCGUGGAUAUUGACAACGAGAUUUCUAUAGUGCACAAGUUUACCAAAGACAAAUAUCAGAAACGCUUUCCGGAGCUCGACUCACUCAUUGUGGGCGAAAUUGAGUACCUGUUGGCUGUCAAAGAGCUGGGCAACGAUUUGGAUCAGGUCAAGAGCAAUGAGAAGCUGCAGGCCAUACUCACUCAGGCAACAAUUAUGAUUGUCUCUGUGACUGCAUCCACCACGCAAGGCACCAUGUUAACGUCUGCUGAGAAGGCUAAAAUCGAUGAGGCCUGCGAAAUGGCAAUUGAGCUCAACAAUUUCAAAUCCAAGAUCUAUGAAUAUGUUGAGAGUCGUAUGACCUUCAUAGCGCCCAACCUGUCCAUGAUUGUGGGCGCUUCCACAGCUGCCAAGCUGUUGGGUAUUGCCGGCGGCCUGACCAAACUUUCAAAAAUGCCUGCGUGCAAUGUGCAGGUGCUCGGCUCUCAGAAGAAGACUUUGUCGGGCUUCUCACAGACCCAAAUGUUGCCACAUACGGGCUACGUUUACUACUCACAGAUCGUCCAGGAUACGGCGCCCGACUUACGACGCAAAGCUGCAAGGCUUGUUGCUGCCAAGUCAGUGCUAGCAGCGCGUGUAGAUGCCUGUCAUGAGAGCGUGCACGGCGAGAUUGGCCUGAAGUUUAAGGAGGACAUUGAGAAGAAACUGGACAAACUGCAGGAGCCGCCGCCGGUGAAGUUUAUCAAGCCGUUGCCAAAGCCCAUCGAGGGUAGCAAGAAGAAGCGAGGUGGCAAACGCGUGCGCAAGAUGAAGGAACGUUACGCGCUGACUGAAUUCCGCAAGCAGGCUAAUCGUAUGAACUUUGGCGAUAUCGAGGAGGACGCAUAUCAAGGAGAUCUGGGCUACUCGCGCGGCACCAUUGGCAAAACGGGCACUGGACGCAUUCGCUUGCCGCAGCUGGAUGAGAAGACAAAGGUGCGCAUUAGUAAGACGCUGCAGAAGAACCUACAAAAACAGCAGGUCUACGGCGGCAACACUACAGUAAAGCGUCAAAUCUCUGGAACAGCAUCCAGCGUAGCAUUUACCCCGUUGCAAGGUCUUGAAAUUGUUAAUCCACAGGCAGCCGAGAGAUCCCACACAGAAGCCAAGUAUUUCUCAAAUACAUCUGGUUUCCUGUCGGUAGGCAAGCGCACAACUUAAAACUACAAUAUAUAAUAUAUAUG